AUGUCAACAACUCCUCCACACGAGUCGGAUCUUCCAGUUCCGACGUAUUCUGCCACCGACGAUGGCGACCUCUUGAAUAGAAUCGAGCGCGCGACAGCCGUCGAAUUUCCUAUCCUUCACUCGCCCAUCGCGAAAACUACGAAUCUCCAGCGCCUGACUUCCGAUUCGGACUGGACGAGUUACCACGAAGCGUAUCGUCUCGAGAGGGAUAUCGUCGACUCCUUCUUCACCUCGAUCGAAAACGGUCACGAUGAUCUUGUUGCCGAGUUUAUAUCGCGAGGAUGGGUUUCUCCGGAUACGACGAGUCGCGUUAAGGAGACUCCCCUCCUCGCUGCCGUACGCGCAGGCAAAACGCCCAUGGUGAGCCGGCUUGUCGCACUUGGCGCAACAGUCAACGCCUUUGGCCGUCCUGAUACCUCGAAAACCCUGAGCGACGACGAACGACCCGAGCGAACACCAUUGAUGCUUGCUGCUGAACGAGGUCACUUGGCAUUAGUCAAGGUUCUCGUGAAGGACUAUGGAGCCGACGAUGGCUUGGUUGCGCCCGAUGGAGCGAUCGCUCUUCGUCUAGCUGCCAUCAACGGCCAUCGCGAAAUUGUCGACUUUCUCCCCUCUCGUCGCGGUGGUGCAUGGCUCCGUUGGAAGGCGGCGCAUCACAAGCAGAUGGAGCGGAUUCGCCGCGCAUGGAAUCAUAUUGGUGGUUUCCUCAAGGUUCUCUUCUGGGAUUGCCCGGUUCUUCUGUUUUGCGAAAUACCCAAGGAACUCGCCAAGGGGAUCUGGAAACGACGACAUCGGAUGGCUGCCGCUUGCAAGCGGAUGGCAAAAGAGUUGCCCGCCCAGAUCGUGAAGGGGGUUGUUGAACUGCCCGGCAACAUCAAGCGCUGUGGCAAGGCUGUUUGGGAGGGUAUCAAGGAGAUCCCGCCCAUUCUGAAAGCCAUCGCCGUCGCUAUUUGGAAGACGAUCAAGGAGAUCCCUGGCGCCGUCAUGGUUUUCCUCAAAUGGAUUGGCCGAGGCUUCAAGCGAGUGGGGGAAGCCAUCAUCGAUGUCUUUUCACGCCUCCUCUCCCUCCUACACACAGCCAUCAUGGCCGUCGUAUCCUUUUUCAAGAACAUCACACUCCAGGAUAUCUGGGAUGGCUUCUGCUCCCUUGUCCGAGCUAUCUUUGUCGACGCGCCCAAGGCCAUUGGCGCGUUCAUCAAGUCAUUUGGCCAGAUGACUUACGACAUACUCAAGGCGCUGUUUGGUACCCUCGGUCAGUGUGUCUGGUAUCUCGUCACUGGCAUUCUGUGGUUGAUCCAGUAUGUUCCACAUCGGAUCUGGACCAUCUUUGAGGCUUUGGGUACGUCCAUCGUGCGGGGUUACCAGGAGAUGAUGUCGUAUCUGAACCCGAAGCGGAUGUGA